AUGACGAUACGUCCAAGCAUAGUCCUGCCGCUCAUACUCCUAUUCUGUGCGGCUCAUGCCGAGACCACGGAGGAUGCCGAGAUCACGGAUGAACCUCAUCAUGGUGAAGAAGAGGGAGAGUUGCCUGAACCACCUUACGCUGUGUUAUUUCCAUCAUUUACAGUCACCUUAGGAGUAUUUGUGUUCUAUAUCUUGUCACGAUAUGCCAAGGCUUUGCCGUACACUGCCGUAAUGUUUCUCUUGGGAACCAUCAUGGGAAUCGUCGUUGAAAUUGGUGACUUUAAAGAUCAUAUAGACCAGGGCAUUCGUCUUUGGAUUGGCAUCAACGGUGAAGUCUUGCUGCUGGUGUUCUUGCCGGGGCUCUUGUUCAAGGAUGCCAUGUCGCAAAAUGUGCACCAUUUCUUCCGUUCUAUAAGUCAGCUGCUAAUCUUUGCUUUCCCCCUGGUUUUGGCGGGAACCGUCUUGACGGCUCUCGUCGCAUACUAUAUUUUCCCAUACGGCUGGCCUUUCAAUUUGGCCAUGACAUUUGGUGCGAUCUUGGCUGCUACUGAUCCAGUAGCAGUGGCUGCACUCUUGGAAGAGGUCGGAGCUCCUCCUCGUCUCCAAAUACACAUUGCAGGCGAAUCUCUACUGAACGAUGGAGCUGCUAUUGUUUUCUACUCCAUUUUUGUUCAAAAGUACUUCUUUGAAGAUUUACAAUAUAUUGGAGGUGACGAACAUGCCGAGAACAUUGAUCUUGCCAAGGGAGUAGCCAUGUUUUUCCAAAAGGCCUUGGGUGGAACUGCGGUUGGAAUAAUGUUUGGAAUUUUGCAAAUCAGCAUGCUCUUGUAUCUGGACCGUCGGGUCAGUCGCGAGGAGAAUAUUGUGCAAGUCACCUCAAUCAUUGGAAUGGCCUACCUCAACUUUUAUACGGCCGAUUUUGUCUGGAAAACUAGUGGUGUUAUUUCCACAGUAGUUGCUGGUUUGAUGAUCAAAUCGCUUGGGAGAGCGACCAUCAACGACUUGAAGCUACUAGAAGACUUCUUAAGCAUCCUGGAGCAUAUUUUGAAUACAAUUCUUUUCACCUUGGGAGGUAUCCUAUGGGGAGCUGCUGUUGCAAGCGGCGAAAAGAUGGGUGUUUUUCACGGAAUCGACUGGGCAUAUCUUUUUUUGCUUUAUGUAAUGCUCCAUAUUAUUCGCGGAGUCCUAUUUGCAUCUGUUUAUCCCCUGACGUCUCGCAUUGGUCUCAAAUCCGAUCCCAGGGAAGCCCUCUUUCAAGUUUAUGGAGGACUGCGUGGAGCGCUUGGCAUCGCCUUGGCAAUUGCCCUGGACAACGAAGCUAGCGAAUUAGCUGGGGGAAGAUUUGAUACCGAGGCUGAAUUACACACAACUCAGGCUUUUGUCAUGGUCGGAGGCAUUGCCUUCAUGACUUUGGUAUUCAAUGGUAUCACGGCAGGACCACUCUUACGCAAGCUCGGACUCGCUGAUUCUACAGAAGCCCGGUCGUUGAUCAUCAAGACACUAGAAGUGAAACUCAGAUCAUAUGCUAUUGAUGAUUUUGUUCGCUUACUUUCUCAACCAAGAUUCUAUCACACGGACUUUCUCUUUGUCAAGAAGCACGUACCAUCCUUGAGCACUUUGACUAGGACCCAAUUUCUGGAUGCCGUGAGAAAACACAAGAAGACGCAUGGUAUAGACUAUGCUCCUCCUUUUCUCAAACAUGUUCUUCCACACUUGGAGAGUGAUCCUAAACUAAGUCACUACAUGGAAGUAGAAGUGACAGAUGAAGAAAUACUAGGCGAAUUCGACAACUACGUUCGCGCAUCAAGGCAUCAAAUGAGAAGGAGAAGGCACCGACGUCAUUCGAGCAAUAUCCGCGCAAUGAUGGGACAUGAUGCGCUAUCAACAAGGGAGCUAAGACUCUUUUUUGUCUCCAUUCUGAGAGCACAGUAUGAGAAGCAAGUUACGCGCGGAGAGUUGGAAAACGAACACUUCCUUGCAAUAGCGCUUGACCAAAGUUUGGACUUUGCUUCCCACGACAUACACAAGGGCAGACCACUGCAGGAUUGGAAGCAUUUGGUUGAAAUUCACGAUCCAAUGGCAAGAUGGGAGGCGAGGAUUGAGAAAAGUAAAAAGUGUUUCGACAAGUCUAAAUCUGGACUACAAUCCAACCCAGAUUUAGACGUGGCUGGCGAUGAGUUGACGAUUGAACGGGCUAUGGCGUUCAUGGCGGCGCAUGAAGAAUCUCGAAAGCAUUUCGCAUUCGAGUUUGAAGAUACUGACAGCAGUAUGAACGAAUCCGCCAAGAUUGUAAUUCAAGAAAGUAUGGAACAGUACGCUCUAGCACAGAUGGCACUAAAAGGAUACGACACUGAUGUUCUUCAGAGGACGGCAUCGUACAAACUCUGUAAAAUUCUUUUGAAUAUGAAAAUGCACCACGUCGAAAAAAUGGUCCACAUGGGCGCAUUGAAGGAAUCGGAAGCAGAACAUAUAUUAGAAAAGCACAUGGAGUAUCUGAAACAUCUUUCGCUCGCCUAUAGAGACGAUGACGAUGACCCACCGGCAAAGCCCAAGCUAUUUGAGGACAUCCCAAAUCCUCUACUACAAGCAAAUCCCCGACUGAUCUAUAGGAUUGAAAAUCUGGUGCAAGAUGUUGAUGCUGGGAAAGGGCCAGCUUUAGCACCGCUGCAAGAACCGAUGGGAAAAGAAGAAGCCACUGUUGAUUGUUAG